AUGAAGCCAUAUGCUAUAACCCUCAUAGCCUUCGGGGCAGUCGUUGCUGCUGCUGCCGUUAUAUGUCUGUGUUUUGUUUGCAUCGGAGGCAACAAGAAGAAGCAAAUGACCAGAAGGUCAUCCACCGUCAUGCAAAGCAUAACGCCGCCUCCGGCUCAACGAGGUCACGGCGAUGUUGAAGGAGGUGAAGCUGUUCAUCGCCAAAGCAGGACUAAUGGAACAAAAGAUGGUGGCAUGGUGAUUUUGGUAGGGGCCGGUGCCGCAUUUGCUACUGCUGCUGUUACAGCCGCCGUAACUAGUGAGGCUAACGGAGGUAGUUGUGGUGGCUGUGACAGCGAGGCCGGUGCUUGCGGGGGCUGUGGCGGAGGUUGUGGUGGUUGUGGAGCUGAUUAG